AUGCGGGAGGUGAACUUCAGCAUUCCCAAUGUUAACAAGGCCUCUGUCAAUAUUACGACAACCUUAUAUGACCGGCGAGCCCUCGAUUGCACAUCAACACUACCCCUCAUAAACUCUCUCAAUCAUCUUGCAUAUCUCACUACAUCAUCUGCCCGUAUUCGCGAUAUUCUCACCGUCGAUGGCGGCAUUGAAAGACUCGUGUGCAUCCUCAAAGAAGGCCGGAGCAGGGACCUCAUGGAGAUGUGGAAGUGGAGUCUGGCCUUUCAAUGUGUUGUGAAUAUCGGAGUGAGAGGUUCAGAAAGCGUGAGAACAAGGGUUGUCGAAGCCGAUAUGGUGCCGGUAAUUGCAACGAUCCUGGAUAACUAUAUCAAGGUUGUCGACAAGGCACGAGCCCGAGCCGAUUCCGAGUCUCAAAGACAGUCGUCCAGACAUCAUUCGAAAGCUGUGCCAACAUCAAAUGAUGCAUCUGGACGUUCGUCCUUCCUGGAACAGUCAUCGACAGCUGAACAACGAAUCUCUCGUCGCCACGCCCCCCUCCCAGUAUCGAAAUUCCACCCCAACCUUUCUUCCAGGAAAACCAUUCCCGAUGACCUCCCCCCUGAGAGAAGCACUUUCGGACAAGACCUACACCACCAUAGAACAAACGACGGCCGCUUUGCGCAUGGCAACCACCGACACAGAAUGCAGCCUUUGGCCACAGCAUUGCCUUCGAUGGACGCUGCUGAUGGCUUCGGUCUGCGGCCCGUGCGUGAUAAUGAGCGGUUACCGAGCAUGCUUCCUGGCUUCCACACCGGACUCACUUCUCAGCCAGAUUCUCCGACUACCCCCAAUGCUCCUGUACAGCCUCGAAGCAGCGCACAGGCUACAAUUGCGAGGCAACGUCCGUCGUUGAGACAGCAGCUGUCGGCAUCGGGCGAAUCCGAUGAUGGAAACGGAGACGGUUCUACGAUGGAUGAGGAUCCUGCUUCCACAGAGGCAGCUGAGCCUAUCGUUGGACUGCAGAACAGAAUGGACAUCGAUGACGUCGGCGAGAGAGAUACGAUACUAGGCGGCGUUUCCGAUUCUCACGAUCUCACAGUAACAGAUCCUUCCGAAGAGCAGGAAGCCGAGACCUUCAACAUUACACACCGUUCCACAGUGGACGGCAGCAUGAUCAAUACCGACAACGCCCAAAAUAACGCCGCUCUGGGGUUAUCCCCUACCCAGGCAGCUGAUAACGCCAACUCCCCGGCUCUUGUUCCAAGCCCUUACUCUCUAUACUUUCGCGAUCGAACAACCACGGCCGCUCAUGGUGUUUUGACAACUAUGCCUAGGGACGAGGACGUUCUCAUGUCCCUCCAACUUUUGGCUUAUGUCUCCAAGUACUGCAACCUCCGGUCCUACUUCCAGCAUUCUCAUUUCGUCCCGAAACUCAAGAUUGAUCGCGAACUUCAAAUGCUAGAGGAAGGAACAUCGCCAAUUGACCUUCCUGAAGAAGAGGACGAGUAUCUGCUUCCUGAUGAUGUCAACAUCUUCCCUCUGGUUGAGAAAUUCACCGUCCGUCACCACUCAAAAGAUAUGCAAUACUGGGCUUGCGUGGUCAUGCGGAAUCUUUGCCGUAAGGACGAAUCCAGAGGAGGUAUCAGGCAAUGUGCAUACUACAAGUGCGGAAAGUGGGAGGAGUUUCAGCGUCAAUUCGCAAAGUGCCGCCGUUGCCGCCGCACCAAAUAUUGCAGCAAAGAUUGUCAAAAAGCAGCGUGGGUUUAUCAUCGUCAUUGGUGCCACACCACGCCCUGA